AUGGUGCCAGAAGAUGUGUACCUUGGGUUGGAAGACAUUCAAAAGAUGCCUGACGAAGAGCUGCCUUCUCAUAGAACCAUCCUGGAGCUUACUGAUGAAGACGUUUUAAGGAUAUUGGAAACUCUACCGAAUAAAACAACUUCCUCAAGGUUACUUCGAGGAUCUGGAGUGUUAGCUGCUCAGACCCUGAGGGCCCGUGGCCCCAAUGGGGUAGCCACCAUGCGCAGGAUGGUGAGUGGAGGCAGCAUCCCUACGGAUGAAGAGCAGAUGAUGGGGCUGGAGAGCAAGGUCAGGAUGGCCACACGCCAAGGGCCCGAUCCAUGCAAUAUGCUUGUCCUGAUGGCAGCCGCAGGCACCAAAGAGGACCCUAAUUUAGUCCCCUCCAUCACCAACAAGCGACCUGUGGGCUGCAUCUGUGAAGAGGACAACAGUGCUAUCAUCUGGUUUGGGCUGCACAAAGGUGAUGCUCAGCGAUGCCCUAACUGUGGAACCCAUUACAAGCUGGUGCCCCACCAGUUAGCCCACUGA